AUGCCCAGCUACUCGGCAUCCAUGAGUCUCGGACACACUAUCACGGAUCCAAUCGACAAUGGCAUCCUAAGUGAGGCGGCAUCAACAGCACUUUUCGAACAUUUCAUGAUCGAGAUGAAUGCGAAAUGGGAAUACGUCUUGGACCCCCACUUCGACACGCACAACGAUGUUAGGCGAAGAAGCCAUCUAUUGUUUGCCACUGUUCUGUUCUGCUCCUCCAAGUUUGCAAACUACCAAUAUGGGCAGCUAUCUCUCAAGACGGAUCCUUUUCUUCAAACCCGAUUGUGCAGCCUGGCUCGCAACCUGGCUGUCCGCACGUUUGCCGAGGGAGACAGGUCCGUCGAGACCAUGCAAGCGUUCUACCUACUCGUCUGUUGGAAAGACGAGGAUGACGAUAUCUCAUACCUGCACAGCGGCUACGCAUUCCAAAUACUCCACGACCUGGAUUUGGAGCAGAGCAAUGGAAAUGCCCAGCAGACCGCGAGGCGCAGACGGGCUUGGCUUGCCUUGUUUCGACAAGAUAAACAGCAAAGCAUGUUUUUCAUGAGGAGAGCCUCGCUUAGUAUCGGAGACGAGGAAGACUCCCCUCGUCUUCUCGACCUGCAGACCUGGUUGAAGAUGCCGCAUUCUCUGCCGCUUGAUUUUGUUGCUUGCUGCAGCGCUGACCUACGACGUAUUCAAUCCAAGAUCCGCGUCAUGAUUCCAAAGGCAUCCUCAACCAUGCUUCCUUGUCUUUCUGACCUCUUGGACUCUGAACUAAACAGAUGGAAACUGACUUGGCAACCUCAUUUUGAUGGAAAAGGCAGGCUGCAUCAGAACGAUGAUCUAUCGCUCGAUCAGAGACUGCUUUACUCUGGUCAGGACCAUCUUUCGACCCUUGUCGGGGUUUGGGAACAAAGUGUCAGGCUCAAUAUUUCGUCAUCAAUUUUGAGACAGGCCCUCAUGACUUCAGUGACCAAAGACUCUCGGUCCUCUGAGCUGCCUUCAGCACCAGCUUCAAGUCUUGGCUUCCCUGCCAUGGGAGAGGGGCUUUCACCAGACACGCCAGGUCUGGCGAACAGUGUUCAUGGCGCCUUGGGAACACUGCGUCAACUUCUAAAGUUUCCAACAGACGACUUUCGUCGGGCACCAGAUGCUCUAACCCUUCUUGCGCCGAACGCAGCACUCUUUUUAUGUCUGCUGUUGUGCCUGCCAUGUGACGGUAUUCUUGGCCCAUCAUUCCAAAGAACCGCCGUUGGUCUCAUAAGAGACAUUACUCGGCAUGUCAAGAACAUGGUACGAUCGCCGCAGGAUAUGGUGAACCUGCACGCGGCGUACUUGGAGUCACUAGCAAAUUUGCUGCAGCCAGUGACCCCGCAACGCUCACCAACUCUACAAGGCCAUAUGGGAUCGGAGGUUCAGCAUUUGGGUCUCGAUGGAGACCAAAUGCUACUUGAAGAGACGGAACUUCAGGCAGCUCAAGUGUUAGCGGGAGGAAUGGAUGCGUUCAAUCAUAGCGCGGAUAUCAGCAACGCUUUGCUAGGGUUUACUAGCGAGCCGGAGCAAGUGUUGCACAUGCAAAGCUUCGCCAACUUGAUGGACACGAGUUUCUUUUGGGAUGCACCUCCCAUGACAGCGGAGAGAAACUAUGAAUAA